UGUACUAAUCCCUUUGCUUCCCCCUCUGCUUGUUCUGCUCGAAAAACCCCGAACCUGAAAAUUCAAACCAAAACUCAGUUUCCACAGGGCAAAUGGCUCUGGCGAUUUCCCAUGCUUUUCUCUACCCCAAAUUGCAAUUUUCCCAAAGGAAUUUCCGCCCUAAUGUCCCGGAGUUGAGGCUGCUACCCUCUUUCGUCAGAACAAUUCCACAGAAUACAAGGGUAAUUUGUGCGGCUGCGUCUGCGGCGGGAAGUUCUAAUCCGGACGGUGAUUUGAAUCCAUAUGAGGUUCUCGGUGUGAGCCCAAUUGAGGGAUUUGACAUGAUCAAGGCAGCGUAUACAAAAAAACACAAGGAGGCCGUGAGGAGCGGUGAUGAAGCAACUGCUGCUAGACUGGAGAAAGCAUAUGACAAAGUCAUGAUGGCACAGCUAACUAAUAGGAAGAAAGGUGUAACCUUUGGUUCCUUCAAGGUUUCAAAGGACAUCAAAUAUGCUGAUAAGCAACCAAUUGUACCAUGGGGGCCUAGGUUCACCAAGUCUACAGUACAAGAUAUGCGCAUCAACCUGGCAAUAUCUGCUGUAUUUGUAGCUUGGCUUCUUAUCAAGCGGAAUGCUGAAUAUAAACCCUUGCAAUUUUUAACUUUUGCUUUUGUUUAUCGGAUUUUUGAGAAGUUGAAAUCCUUUGAACCGCCUGUAUCUCCAACAUAUACAGAAGAUGGUGAGGAUGCAGGGAGGGGACUGCGAAUGGGAAAACGACUGCUCCGUUCACUUGCACUAGUGUUUGGCUGUAUUGCGAUUGCUUCUGUGGGAUACACUUGUGUACUGAAUUUGAUCGAGUAUAUGGGUAGCUACAUUCCUGCUGCUCUUUACAAUAACCAGGACUCAGAGAGAAAUUCGUAUGUGUUUUUUUUCAUCAAUUCCCCCAAAAUCCGAAGUCAAAUUGUUGACUUCUAGAAUUGAUAAUCACUUCAUCAACCGCGUUCAUGCUCUACAUUAUGGCAUCGUAUUAUAGGUGAUGAAAUAUGUUUGUGAAUCGGGGGGAUAUCGACAUGGCAGGAAGCUAUCUCAUGAGAUGCUAUUCUCCUUUGUAACGUAGCUGUGAAUUUUGUUUGAACAUGAGAAAUGAGUCUUGUAACUUGGAAUUUUGACAGGAAAGUAAUUCGAAGUUAAAUUUUAUCUCGUGUAAA